AUGGAAAAGAUUGGUUUGACUUAUCCACCGUCCAUCAUUACGGACCCCUUCGAGGAACUGGACUCUUCAGAAGAAGAGGAGGACUCUGGAAAACUACUGAUUUCUUUGGCGUAUUAUCCGAAGGAGGAAACCUUACGCGUGACUGUAGAGCGUGGAAUGGAAAUCGAUACCAGCUGCAAUUGCUCGUAUUUUUAUCUAAAACUGUGGCUCGUCCGCAACGAAACCGCUGAGAAGCGGAAAAGUUCCAUCAGGCGCCGGAGCUCAUCACCUGUUUUCAAUUGUCAUUUCGACUUUUCGGUACAAUUUGAAGAACUCGGCAGCUUGCAGUUAGUAGUCGCUGUUUUACAGUUCAAUAUGGAUAGCAUGAACGACGAACUUGGUCACGUGUUCUUCGGAUCGGAGUCGAACAGAGCCGGAUUCAUUCAGUGGCAAGAUAUGAUGCAGAAUCCGUCGACUGAAGUUAAGCGAUGGCACAAACUGAUCAUGAAGUGGAUCUAA